AUGUGUUGCAAGCGCCGGCGUUCCAGGUGGCCGUGGCACCUCACCCUGGCCUACGGCCUCAACGGCCUCCGCCGGACAGCAGAGUCAGAGCCCACGGCGGUGGAGGCAGAACGGCACGCCUUGGAGGAGCAGAUCCGGCGGGCGCUGCCCGACGAGCUCCGCUUCGCCCAGGCAGAGCUUUGCCGCUUUGAAGACAUGACGGCUUUUGUGCCCUGGGACGGUGAAGCACCGGCGACGGAGCGCACAAAAAGGGGUCCGCGGGGCUCGGGUGCAGCGCCCUUGGAGAAGCUUCUGGAACUGGGCAAGAAGCCGCUCUUGGGUGGGGAGGGGACCAGCUCUUCACCACGGGUUGGGCCAGUGAUCCCGCCAAAGGAGCUGAUGUCUGUGAUGCAAUGGGUGCUGAUCCAAAGUCGCGACAUGCCUCCCGGCACCCUGCAGUGGUGGGCCAAUCCAAUGAGGGAGCCCUCCUCCAGGAGCGACACGGAGCUCAAAGAACUCCAACGCCAUGUGGAGAAUGGAUGGUCCUUCCCCAGGGACACCUUGCAAUUGUCGCCCUUGAGCGUGACGCUCUUCUUGCUGAAGUGCCUCGAGGUCUUACCCACGCCAUUGCUGCCGGCCAUCCUAGUGCAGGAUGCGGCGGGCGAUGCCAAGAAGAUCUCCUCCACGCUGCGAAGUUUGCCUGAGCUCAGUCGGGUGGUGCUGCUGACAGUGCUGGCAUUCUUCUCCCAAUUGGCGCUGCGACAUGGAGGCUGGCCCAUCGACUUCACGCCUCGUCUGGCGAGUUCUUUGAUGCAGGCGGAGCCAGCGCCAGAGCCAGCGGUGCAGCUGAUUCUGGCCCUCUCGGAUGAGGUCAAGGCGGAGAAGCGUUUCCCGCCCUUGGAGACCUUCAAGCGCCACGGCACCUGA